AUCUUCCCUUGUCCGCGCGAGCCCCUCAGCCCCACGGCGAAGCCCACUGGGCAGUUCUUACCAGUGUCACACCACAGUUGUUUCUGCUUCGGUUGGAGUUCCGCCCCUAAGGGAACGGCUUCCACCGCAGACCCAACAAGGAGGCACCAUGUGGCGAUGUCCACUGGGGCUGCUGCUGCUGCUGGCUGGCGAGUUGGCCCUGGGUGCCCAGCGGGGUCGUGGGCGCCGGGAGCUAGCACCGGCUCUCCACCUGCGGGGCAUCCGGGAUGCGGGUGGCCGGUACUGCCAGGAGCAGGACCUGUGCUGCCGCGGCCGCGCCGAUGACUGCGCCCUGCCCUACCUGGGUGCUACCUGUUACUGUGACCUCUUCUGCAACCGCACCGUCUCCGACUGCUGCCCUGACUUCUGGGACUUCUGCCUCGGCGUGCCACCCCCCUUUCCCCCCAUCCAAGGAUGUAUGCACAGGGGUCGCAUCUAUCCAGUCCUGGGAACCUACUGGGACAACUGUAACCGUUGCACCUGCCAGGAGAAAGCGCGGUGGGAGUGUGACCAGGAGCCAUGCCUGGUGGACGAGAACAUGAUCAAGGCCGUCAACCAAGGCAACUAUGGGUGGCGGGCUGGGAACCACAGUGCCUUCUGGGGCAUGACCCUGGAUGAGGGCAUUCGCUACCGCCUGGGCACCAUCCGCCCGUCUUCCUCCGUCACCAAUAUGAAUGAGAUUCAUACAGUGCUGGGCCCAGGGGAGGUGCUGCCCAGAGCCUUCGAGGCCUCUGAGAAGUGGCCCAACUUGAUCCACAACCCUCUUGACCAGGGCAACUGUGCAGGCUCCUGGGCCUUCUCCACGGCAGCUGUGGCAUCUGAUCGAGUCUCAAUCCAUUCUCUGGGGCACAUGACACCUGUCCUGUCACCCCAGAACCUGCUGUCUUGUGACACGCACAACCAGCAGGGCUGCCGCGGUGGGCGACUUGACGGUGCCUGGUGGUUCCUGCGUCAUCGAGGGGUUGUGUCUGACCACUGCUACCCGUUCUCGGGCCAUGGGUGGGACGAGGCUGGCUCCGCACCCCGCUGCAUGAUGCACAGUCGGGCCAUGGGUCGGGGCAAACGGCAGGCCACCGCCCGCUGCCCCAGUAGCUAUGUCCAUGCCAAUGACAUCUACCAGGUCACUCCUGCCUACCGCCUCGGCUCCAACGAGAAGGAGAUCAUGAAGGAGCUGAUGGAGAAUGGCCCUGUCCAAGCCCUCAUGGAGGUGCAUGAGGACUUCUUCCUGUACCAGAGCGGCAUCUACAGCCAUACCCCAGUGAGCCUUGGGAGGCCGGAGCAAUACCGCCAUCAUGGGACCCAUUCGGUCAAGAUCACAGGGUGGGGGGAGGAGACGCUGCCCGACGGAAGGACGCUCAAGUACUGGACGGCGGCCAACUCAUGGGGCCCAGCCUGGGGAGAGAGGGGCCACUUCCGCAUCGUGCGCGGCGCCAACGAGUGCGACAUCGAGAGCUUCGUGCUGGGCGUCUGGGGCCGCGUGGGUAUGGAGGACAUGGGUCACCACUGAGGCCGCGGGCACCACGCCGGGAAGAGCCCUCUGUGGGAAAGCAGCCCCCCCCCCCGC